UUCCUUUCCGACUUUAUCAUUUCGAAAGGGCAGCAACCAAAGGCCCAGACUUCACGCACGCAGACACAGAGACAGAGACGACACACAGAGAGAAUGCGAAGCAUUACGCUCUCAGAGAGCGUGUUGGGGGCAAAGUCACUGCCUUCAUAUGCUAGACAUCGCAGGCCAUUCACCCGUUGUUUCUUGUUUUCUUUGAGUUCACGCCCGAAGAAGCAGAAUUCCAAGCCUUCUCGACCAGACCCAAGUCUCAUUUUCUCGAGGUAUUCAAGCAGAUGUUCUGCAAACACUGGAUACUUUUUACAAAGAACAACCAGAACUUCAGAUGGCCUUGUAUUAAGAUGUCUUAACUAUAGAGCCUAUAAAGUGAAUACAGAAUCAAAGCCAGUGAUGGAUGAUUGUUGUGAUUUGUACGAAUCACUUGCAAAGAAUAAUUCAAGAAGAGAGUGUCACAUAGCUACUGAUAUACUUGCUUCUAAUGAUUCAUUCGGUGGUAUUAUGAAGUUUUUGCUGGCGUUUGGGUUUCUCACACUUCAAGGCUCUCAACCAGCACUUGCUGUUUCAGACAUUGCUAGUGGGCUGCAGUCAAUCCCUUAUUUAGGGGACCUUGGUGAUAUUAGCACAGGUUUUGCUUCAGCAUUCUUGCUGAUCUUUUUCUCAGAACUAGGGGACAAGACCUUUUUUAUUGCGGCGCUUCUAGCAGCUAGGAACUCUGCUGCUGUUGUUUUUACCGGAACUUUUGGUGCACUUGCGGCAAUGACCAUCAUAUCUGUUGGUCUUGGACGAACUUUUCACUACAUUGAUGAAAUCCUACCAUUCAGGU